UUCCAAGCUGAUUUUCAAAACCUAACGGUCAAUGCCACCAAACUUCAUAUCCCACAGAAAGACUACUCCCUCUUUUACAUCCCACUCCUCCGACCCUUCCCUUUCCCCUCCCUUUGCAGACAUCUCUGCUCAAUCAUGGAGCCUACAGGGCUUCCGAAACUAUCUUGCCCCCUAUUCUCUCACUUUCUCGCCGUUCUUCUAUUUCCUUCCAUUCUUGCAGCAACUGACAAUUUGGCCGGAAACCCAAUUCGCCUCGUCACCGAUUCCGGCCGACCGUCACUCACUCACGUGUUGCUUAAUGCAGAAGAGCAUUUCCAUGAAUUCUUGAAGCGGUUCAAUAAGAAGUAUUCCGGGCAGGAAGAGCACAAGCGCCGGUUUUCAAUCUUCAAGAGCAAUUUGCUCAAGGCAAUGCACCACCAGGCAUUGAAUCCAACCGCCAUUCAUGGGAUCACCAAAUUCUCUGAUCUUACGGAGGAGGAAUUCAGUUCUAUGUAUCUGGGUCUGCAUCAGAUUCCUCGAGACUUUUCCAGGCUUGAGCCAGCACCGUUCCUACGGACUGAUGAUCUGCCUGAGAGUUUCGAUUGGCGAGAACGUGGAGCGGUUACCCCUGUCAAAGAUCAGGGAAGCUGUGGGUCUUGUUGGAGUUUUAGCACAACUGGAGCACUAGAGGGGGCUCAUUUCCUAAAGACAGGACAACUUCUAAAUCUUAGUCAGCAGCAACUAGUUGACUGUGACCAUGAGUGUCAACCGCUAGGGGAAGGCCUGACGUGCAAUUCUGGUUGUUUUGGUGGCCUCAUGACGAAUGCAUUUCGUUACGCAAUCAAAGUAGGUGGUCUUCAAAGAGAAGAGGACUACCCAUACAGAGGAAUAGAAGGUGCCUGCAAGUUUGAUAAAUCAAAAGUUGCAGCAAAGAUGGCGAACUUCAGUAUUGUUUCUACCGAUGAGGAUCAGAUUGCAGCACAUUUAGUCAAGCAUGGGCCUCUGUCUGUAGCAAUCAAUUCAAAGUUCAUGCAAAGCUAUGUCGGUGGUGUCUCUUGCCCUCUCAUAUGCAGCAAGAGGUUGAACCAUGGAGUCCUCCUCGUAGGCUAUGGGAGUGGAGAGUACGCCAAGGAAAGACUGAGGAAGUUGCCCUUUUGGUUGAUAAAAAAUUCAUGGGGAGCCGACUGGGGAGAGGACGGGUACUACAAGGUCUGCAGAGAACACAACAUGUGUGGGGUUAACGACAUGGUUUCCUCUGUUAUAGCUGCAACUCCAUAAAUUCAUCCUCCAUAAAUUCAUCCUAUUUUAGGGUUUCUAUGAUGUAAGGCCAAGUACAUUUCUGUCUAUUCAAAGAUUACAACCCUAAAUAAUCGUCCAGAAUUUGUCCUU